AUGUCGGGGGAAAAGACGCUGUCUUUUUGCACCACAGAUAGUGUGCAGGGCAGCCACGUGUUCAGUGUUUCCGGGUACAGCAAGCAAAGGGGCAUGGGCUGCGGCAAGUUCAUCAUAUCCGGCGCCUUCUCGGUCGGAGGCCACGACUGGGCCAUCCGCUUCUAUCCCGAUGGGUUUAACAAAGGUUACCUAGAUUACAUCUCAGUUUACGCCGAGCUCUUGAGUAAGGACGCCCAGAGCACCGGGUUAUCCUCUUCCCUGGACAAUACGGAACCAAGGCUAUUCAGCCAGACCAAUCUCAGCAGGUUUGCCCCACAAACGGCCACCUUCAUGGCAAGGAGCGAGUUUGAAGCGUCCCCCUACCUUCGGAAUGACCACCUCGAGGUCGAAUGCAUCAUCACUGUCAUGGAAAAAGUGCGGGUGUCUGAAACCAGGGUACCCCUGUCGGGCAUCGCUGCGCAGCUUGGCAAGCUGUUGGAAGCAAAUGAUAUUCCGGCGGACAUCACAUUCAGCGUUGGAGGGGUGGUCUUCGGAGCACACAAGCUUGUCCUUGCUAUACGAUCACCUGUGUUCAAGGCAGAGUUCUAUGGGCCGAUGAAGGAGACUGCAGGAACGCCGCUCAUAACCAUCAAGGACAUGCAACCUGGUGUCUUCAAGGCCCUGCUCCAUUUCAUCUACACUGAUUCAUUGCAGAUCACGGAUGAUCUCGAGGGAAAUGACCGCGUUGAGAUGGUCCAGCACUUGCUCGUGGCUGCUGAUCGGUAUGAUAUGGAAAAGCUAAAACUGGUUUGUCAGAGAAUCCUUUGCGAGAAUCUGGAUGUGGAGAAUGUUGCAACUAUGCUGGCUUUAGCAGAUCAACAUCGUUGUGACAUUCUAAAUGAUGCUUGUGUUGGAUUUAUCUCCUGUCAAAAGAUUAUGGACUCUGUAGCGGCAACCCAAGGGUACGCGGAUCUUAAAAGAAGUGGUCCUUCUAUCCUUGUAGAUGCACAGUUGAAGAUUAUGCGGAGACUCUACAAAACUUAG